UGCUUGCUCAGCUGGACAGUGCCAAACCAGCUCGUGGGCUGUUCAGUCGCAUUCUCAUCAUCCACUCGUCAGCCACAUCCCCACAGAAGCUCAAGCUCUUACACAGCCUAUUCCCCGGGUGGAAAUUGAAACAAGGAGGAAACGAGGAGUUGUUGGAUAUUGGUUUCGGGAUACCUGUAGCAUUUUUGGUAUUGAUUCCGUCGUGACCGGUCAAGUGCUGUCGUGUGUAAUCAAUCGUCCGCAGAGUGAAAAUGGCUUCCAAUUUGAAUGUCGUGUCACCGAAUGUGCACUAUAGUGAUAGCUACAUCGAUGUGGAUUACCAGUAUCAGACCACCUCUGUCGUGAGCGAUGGGCCGGCCGGAUACACGGUUCGCCCAGAAACGACGGAGUUAAGCAUCCGCACGGAACGCCAGGUGCCCCGACUUGGGCUGAUGUUGGUGGGCUGGGGUGGCAACAAUGGAUCUACCUUGACGGCCGCCCUGGAAGCAAACAAGCGUGGCUUGGAGUGGAGAACGCGCACUGGAGUGCAGAAGGCCAACUGGUACGGUUCGAUCACACAGGCAUCAACCGUCCUGCUGGGUACCGAUGCCAACGGGCAAGAUGUGCACGUCCCCAUGAACAAAAUGAUCCCCAUGGUAAACCCGGACGAUAUCGUCGUCGACGGGUGGGACAUUAGUUCGCUGAACAUCGGUGAGGCCAUGGUGAGGGCGCAGGUCCUGGAUGUGCAGCUGCAGGAUCAGGUAUACAAGAAGAUGUCUCUGUUGAAGCCGAGACCAUCGAUCUACGAUCGUGAUUUUAUUGCUGCGAAUCAGGAGGAAAGGGCGGACAACGUCAUUGCCGGAACUCGAUACGAACAGUACCAGCAGAUCGUUAAGGACAUUCGAGAUUUCAAAAAGAGUUCUGGCGUCGAGAAGAUUGUUGUUCUGUGGACGGCCAAUACGGAACGAUUUGCCGAGGUUAGGGAAGGCUUGAACACUACGAUGUCUGAGUUGGAGAAAUCUUUGAAGGAGAAUAAAUCAGAAAUCGCUCCGUCAACUAUUUUCGCCAUGGCAGCUAUCGCCGAAGGGUGCAUCUACAUCAACGGGUCACCGCAAAACACUUUCGUACCAGGGCUUAUCGAGAUGGCAGAACAUCAUGGAGCGUUCAUUGCAGGAGACGAUUUCAAAUCGGGGCAAACGAAGCUCAAGUCAGUGUUGGUCGACUUUUUGGUUUCCGCUGGUAUCAAACCAGUUUCGAUUGUCAGCUACAACCAUUUGGGUAACAACGACGGUAAAAACUUAUCCGCCCCACAACAGUUCCGGUCUAAAGAGAUUUCGAAGAGCAACGUGGUUGACGACAUGGUGGCUUCGAACAAUAUUCUUUACAACAAGGAAGAGCAUCCUGAUCAUUGUGUGGUAAUCAAAUAUGUACCCUACGUUGGCGAUAGCAAGCGAGCCAUGGACGAAUACACCAGCCAGAUUAUGCUCGGAGGACACAACACCCUGGUUAUUCACAACACAUGUGAGGAUUCGCUGUUGGCAUCACCAUUGAUCCUGGACCUUGCUAUACUCGGCGAGCUGUGUUCUCGUAUUCAGAUCAAAAAGAAGGCAGAACCCAACGCUCAGUACGUUCCGUUCCGCUCGGUGCUGUCGAUCCUCAGUUACCUUUGCAAGGCUCCACUGGUGCCGGAAGGAACUCCCGUAGUCAACUCUCUGUUCCGGCAACGAACGGCAAUCGAAAACAUUCUUCGAGCAUGCAUCGGGCUGCCUCCGACUAGCCACAUGGCUCUGGAGCACAGAUUUAACCUGAAUGUGGCCAGCGUGGAACCUCCAGCAAAGAAGAGCAAAAUCGCAAAUGGCUCGAAGGCAGCUAACGGCACAAAUGGAGUGCAUUCGAAUGGCAACGGCGUAGUUGAAGUUGAUUGCUAAAGGUGCUAACAUUUCAUUCAAAAAACCAACAAAAAUAAUACUUAAAUCAAUUACCGUGGGAGCACGUAAAUUGAUCAUCAAUAAUCUCAUACAGUUAAAAGUUAGCUGGUGAGAACGGUUUAAACAGACGGCGCAUUUGGUGCCAAAAGAGUUAUGAAAUUUGGAAAUACCCUUUCUGAGUAUAAUGGUUUCGUAGCAAACUACAAGAAAUACGUGCAAAACCUUUUUGAGAAAAAUCGUUGAAGUUUUUCGUAGAUGUACAAACAAAUGAUUUUUUUAAGCGAUGGCGACCAGAUCCAAUAAAAUAAUCCAACUUCCCCGGUGCUCUGAAAGUACAUACUUAAAUGUACCAAGUUUACAAAUGUUUUACAAUCAUAUUCAAGCAUUCUUCGGAAUAAUCAAAAUAUUGAAUUGCAUUUUUUGUACCCAUAUAGAUCCAACUAGAUUAAAAUCCUUUAACACACCAAACAAAAUUGUGCAUGUAUAUAGAUGUAAUCUUAUGAAUAUACAAAUAAAUGUCCUUAAACAAAAA